AUGGUUGACUUGUUGGACGAGCGAUUCUUAGUCCAUAAUGCAGUCCAUAAACCGACGAUUCGGCUGCUUCGGUUCUGUGUGUUGGAUGAACGACAGCGUGAAUUGGAUCAUGAAGAUGUGGUGGAUUUAAUGUAUAUUAUUUGUUCCAAAAUUCAUGGAUUUCCAGCACUGCUCAAUAUCUUUUUUCAUGACAAGCAUUGGUUAACAACACCUCAAAAGACAUUGGAUACCCAUACAGACCCUCAGUAUGAAUUCUUGCUGUUUACUUAUCUUUUGAGAUUCGUGCAUCGUGAAGGUAGAUCAGGAGAUUAUGCACGUACUGGCUUGUUAUUCUUGAUGGAGAUGGCUACAGAUCAACUAGGCGACUUUAUAUUUCAAUCUGACUUUGCUACUAUUAUGGCAGCAGGCUUAGGUGCUCUGUACUCUCAAUUACCACGCAAAUUGAUUGUCAAAGAUGAAGACGAAAUCAACCAAACUACCAGUUCCUAUCUUCUCGGCCAAGACUUGGAUCCACGCUCAUUUCCCUCAGACGAAGCAGGUGCUGAACUCUCUAGCUCAGCUUCCUUCAAGUACCGACUCGACAGUUUUCUUAAACUGGUCGAGUUUUGUCAAGACAUCCUGCUGCGUUGUCCUCACGAAGCAAUCUCAAAACGAUUGCUGGUCUGUAUCCAAAUGAUCUUUGUCGAGAAUAUUCUGUACCCUUCCAUUCUCGAAUGCUCAGACCAUGAUGGAUCCUCUGUGGCUGUGGUGAGUUAUAUUGAUUUGAUGCUACAGACAAUACAACAGCCUGACUUAGCGCAUGUCGUAGUGGGGUAUUUGACGGGCGAACCGUGCCUUGAGGAUCCGACGCUAGGUGAUCAUCCCAUGUCGGCUUAUGCUGCUGCUGAGCGAUACACCCUAAAGGAUUUGAUCUUGAGUCGACUAUCAUCUGUUUCUCAACCGACGGUGAUUGCCACACUCAAACUACUCAAGACAUUGGUGGUCAAACACUGUUCUUAUGCAGACCAUGUCGUCUCCACUGUACCCGACACGACAGAACCCUCCAUGAUUGUCUCGCAUCACCUGAAAGAAAUCGAACUUUAUUUUGGCCUCGUGUCUGCUAUGCAUCCAACCCAUGCUGAGGACCGUCUUGUGUUGGGCUAUGAGCAUUAUCUAAACGACGUCGAAUCUGCCUUUGACAGCAACCCUUGCUACCACCACCUGCUUCAUCCAGACGCACUUAAAAAACCCAAAAAGACAAGCAAGAGCGAAAAAAGAAGAAGCUUCAAGUACGGGCAACAACAAUACUCUGAUACACCACCCAAGCGUCUGUUGGUGGUGGUGGUGCCUGAACACCGUGGACGCAAACGGAUUCCAUCGACAGACAGACUGAUGCAUCGCUUGCUUGAUUUGCUGUCUCAUUUCCUUGCUCAGUCGUCUGAAUUAAAUCUGGCUUUGACCAGUGUGAUUUCAGCCCUUGCCUUAUGUCCUUAUCGUAGCCUGGAAGGAUGGAUCACAUUUCAAGCAUCCGAUCGUGCAGAUCCAAACCAUAUCUUGAGCCUCACACAAGAAGGCGGUGCGCAAUGGAUGACUACCCAACCUCGCCUUAACAGACUACCUAUACCAAAGACAGAAGACGACGACGAUGACGCAUCACUAGAUGAAGCUAUUGCAGACUCAGGGUCAAUGACAGCACCCAUUCAGUUCAAAUCUUUUCCUCCCUUUUAUACCUUGUUACGCACACUCACACAGCAAAUAGACUAUUAUCGUUCUGAAAUAGAUGGGUUUGAUCAACUGUUGCAAGAACGAUGGCAAGCAUUACUCAUGGAACCCAUGUGCCGCACAGUAUCAAUGGAACCAUCAUGGUCCAUCACCAAUACCUCAUCCCCCAGUGUCAGCAAACUCUUGGGUCUUUAUCCACCGACCAAUCCACGUCGUACUUCUGUGGUCUCUACUGCUAUUACUACUACUACUGAAUUACCCUGGAUGAUACAAGCCAAAAAAACCAUGCAGAUACGCAUUGAACCCUUAUUCCCAUCCACCUUUGAAAUUGAACGUCAACCUAUCCUGAACUUAGAUGAAGAAGACCAAGACGUGUUUGCUGCUCCUACUGUGCCUUCAGAAACAAGCAGAAGACGCACAAAGCGCAAGGCAGCCACUGAUAUCAGUCUUUCGACUCUACUCAACAAUACAGUUAUUUUACAAGAAACCAUCAAAGAAUGGGUAGCCACCAUGCAAGUCAGACGAAGUUUAGGUCUCGAUAGAGUUCGGUUUACUUGA